AGUAAAGUCCACUGGCAGGAGUGACCACACUGGCUCGGCCUCACAGACUUAGAAUGCUUGCUUGUGUUCACAGUGCAGUCGAAUGAAAUGCCUUAGAAAAGGGAAGUCACUUUGUCAAAAAUCCUAUACUUUUCUUCCCAGAUUGCCUCACUGCCUCAUUGCUGAAGGAUUCCUUUGCUGAAGACCACAUCAAAGAGACCGAGCAUCAUGACGCAGAGGGCAGGGAAGGCCCAACCAUACACUGAAGCCCUGGAUGGAGGCUGGGGAUGGAUGAUUGUAUUUCAUUUCUUCCUGGUAAACGUGUUUCUGAUGGGGAUGACCAAGACAUUCGCCAUUUUCUUUGUGGUCUUCCAAGAAGAAUUUGAAAGCUCCUCAGAACAAACUGGCUGGAUCGGAUCCAUCAUGUCAUCACUUCGUUUUUUUGCAGGUCCCCUGGUUGCCAUUAUUAGUGAAAUAACUGGAGAGAAGACUGCCUCCAUUCUCGGGGUUUUCCUUGUUUCUGGUGGAUAUCUAAUCAGCAGCUUGGCUACUAACAUCCCCUUUCUUUGUGUGACUAUGGGACUUUUACCUGGUUUGGGUUCUGCCCUCCUGUACCAAACAGCUGCCGUGGUAACUAUCAAAUACUUCAAGAAACGAUUAGCUCUUUCCACAGCUAUUGCCCGUUCUGGGAUGGGCCUGACGUUUCUGAUAGCACCUUUUACAAAAAUCCUAAUAGAUCUGUAUGACUGGACAGGUGCCCUUAUACUACUUGGAGGGAUGACAUUAAAUUUGGUGCCUUCAAGUAUGCUCUUAAGAUCCAUCCAUAUCAAAAGCGAGAACAAUUCUGAUAUUAAAAAUAAAGGCAGCAGCUUGUCUGCAAGUAAUCCAGAGGCAGUGGGCACGACAGAAAUGUCAUCCUGCGAUGAGACACGAGAGGCCACCAUCACGGAGAAUGCAACGCAAAAGGCCAGACAACAUGGGACAAAUUUAAUAGUCUCACAGUACGAAGAGUUCAACAAUGAGCCUAAUGGGGACAGUUAUGAGAAAGAGGCUACUUCAUGCAGCUAUAAACAAAAACUCUGUGACAUCUCCCUUUUAAAAAAUCCUUUCUUCUACAUAUUUACCUGGUCUUUUCUCUUCAGUCAGCUGGCAUACUUCAUCCCUACUUUCCACCUGGUGGCCAGAGCCAGAACACUAGGGAUUGACAUCAUGGAUGCCUCCUUCCUUGUUUCUGUAGCUGGUAUCACUGAGACAGUCAGUCAGAUAAUCUCUGGAUGGGUUGCUGAUCAAAACUGGAUCAAGAGGUAUCAUUACCACAAGUCUUACCUCAUCCUCUGCGGCAUCACUAACCUGCUUGCUCCUCUGGCCACCACAUUUCCAUUACUGAUGACCUAUACCGUCUUCUUUGCCAUUUUCACUGGUGGUUACCUGGCAGUGCUACUUCCUGUACUGGUUGAUCUGUCUGGGAAUUCUAGAGUACACAGGUUCUUGGGACUUGCCGGUUUCUUUGCUGGGAUCGCUGUCCUUUCUGGACCACCUAUAGCAGAGAGAGAGAGAGAAAGCAUGCACAAGUGCGGGCAGCAAGGGCAGAACGAGAGGGAGAAACAGGCUCCCCCAUGUGUGUGGGCCACUAAGCAGGGCUGACCAAGGACCCUGGGAUCACGACCUGAGCAGAAGGCAGACGUUUAAACUGAUGGAGCCACCCAGGCACCUCCUACAUCUUAAAAUAUUGAAAGAGUUCAAUACAUGAGAAGACAAGGCAAGUUUUGUGAGGACUAUUACUCUAAAGGAAAGAACAAUAGAUGUGUGUGUGGGUCUUGAAUCAAAUUUGUUGGGUCAUGAUCCUUUUAAUUUUUUUAAUGAAAAAGAAUAGAUGAGGGGUACCUAGGUGGCUCAGUCGUUCUUGGUUUCAGCUUAGGUAGUGAUCUCAAGCCUGGGAUUGAGCCACAUGUCAGGCUCAGUGCUCAGCAUGGGGUCUGCUUGAGUUUUUCUUUACCUCUGUCCCUCCCACUGGUGCGCACGUGCACGCACUCUCACUUUCUCUCUCUCUCUCAAAAAUAAAUAAAUAAAUCUUAUUAGGAAAAGAAAAACGGGCUACAACAGAACAGAUUAAAAAACACUGUGCAUCACUUUAUUUUAAACACUUAGCUCAUAUAAAAAAAAUCACACCCAGACCUAUGUCAUAUAAAAUAUAUGUGACGUAAAACAUUUCUUAUGAUCAGUGAGUCAAAAAAAAUUUACAAGCCUUUUAUUACCCAAUGUCCACAGUAUCCUAGCACUAUAUGUGAGGAUAAGGAGAGCUAAUGGAAGAAUUUUUACCCACUAAUUCUGAGGAUAUUAUCCAGGCGAUCAUAAACUUUAUAAAUUCUACAAAAUAGUCAAAGGAAGUGAUAGGCUAUUGCUGAUAGCUUAUAUAUAGAUUUUUAGUCUGGGAGUUCCUCACAGUAUUUUAAACAGGAUUAUAAUAAUAUAAAAUUCAGUUACAUUUCCUUCUCUAUACCAGGAUCUCUCACGGACUGCAACAUUACGCUAAGCAUCUUGUUAAAGGGACAAACUUCAGUGAUGUCCUUACUCAAGGAAACCAUUCCUCUGUGAAUCAAAAACCACAAAGAGAAUUUUACAAAGGCCAUUAGACUUGCUCCUAACUUUUGACUCCAGCAGCAAGGGCCAAAGAAACAUCAAAGAUGUUGAUUUCCAGAUUCACUUGGCUCUGGACAGUUAUGGGCAGUCACUUUAUCAUCUUCAGCUUUAACUAAAUCAAAAGGCUUACUGGCUAUAAAAUAUUACAUUCUCACCAAACUGAGAUUUUCCCAAUGUAGGAGAUGCUCACUUUGUACUUACCUAGUUCUGUUAUUAUCAAAUUGCAAAAGCUGAAAUUCCUAUAAAAGAUUACAGGCACUUUUAAAUUAGGAAUCUAGCAAACAGGAAAAUUUUUCACAAUAACUCUCAGUUAAAACACUAGUUAAAAACUAUUAGCAAUUACAUUAACAGUAUUCUUCUCCUUGUAUGAACAUGAAAAAGAAAAGCCAAGUUAGUCCUACACAGCAUAUUUUAAUAAUUUGAGGAAAGAAGAAAAAAGUGUAAUAAACCCAUUGGAAUCGUC